CACAGGAACAAGUCUCUGAUAUGCAGUCGAACGAAAGUGGAGGUUGAUUGUGGUUAUGUUUGGGAGUUUUGAAAUGGCGCUCACGUAUGGUUCCACAUUGCGUAAACCAUUCCCAUCUUUUGCUUCGUAUAUUAUGUAACGCUACAAGAAAUAUGUAACAACAAAAAUUAUAAAAUAAGAAUCAUCAUGGAGUUAAGUUCUAUUACAUGUUCGUUUCUUUUACGUUAUGAGUAAAGGAAAAAGAAUACGUGUGUGAAGUGUGUUGCUUCGGGACUUGUUGGUUAAGUGUUUUGCAGUUGCAUGUGUUAAUAAAGAGACUAAUAAAUGCUUCCACUUAGGCGAUUUAGAUAGGACAGUGAAGCGAGAACACUCUGAUCUUCACAAACUAUCUUGAAGACUUCUGUAAAGGAGAGUUCGUGUAUAGGACAUGCAGUAUACUUGUUCUAUCAGAGGAAGGGUGGUUACAGAGCACAUGGCGGCCUAGGUCCUCCUCAGACGGAAGCCUUUCUUAAUCGACACCGCAUUCUAUCGCCAGGAACUUUGCGCCCUCCAGAGCCGGCCGCUGACUGUUCAGCUUGAGGACUGAACAAUGACGAGCCAACACGAAGGACUGGAAGUGGUUGAGUCUGGGAGGGCCCUCAAAGUGCACACUGACGCACCGCAUCUCGUGAGUCUGGGUGGCGGGAGAUUAAGUACAGCCGUUACUCUGCAUCCACUCCCACAAGGUCGAGUAACAAUUGGAACCGGACUCGAUGUAGACAUCAUGGUACAGGGAACAGGAGUCGAACCCGUACACUGUCACAUCGACAACUUGAAUGGAGUUGUGACGUUACAUCCGGUAGCAGAAAUGACUUCGGUUGAUGGUUUGAAAGUAACAUCUGCAACACGCCUUACGCAAGGGUGUAUGCUGUGCGUCGGGCGCUCGAACUACCUCCGAUUCAACCACCCAGCUGAAGCACGGCUCAUGAAGAGUAUCUUGCCCAACACUCGCAUAUCCAUGGUUCCACUCGCCUUGCAUCCAGGUACGGAAGGCACUGAAGGAUUUGCUCUGGAGAGAAAACCACCGAUGGCACCGCGACGUUCCCCUAGGGACAGUUGGGGUGAUAUGAGCACCAGCAGUGAAGACGGUUGUGUUCUGGGCAAAGUGUCACGCUUUGAGCUGAUGGCCCACUCUCAGAACAAAGGUGUCACAAAUCGUCUCCAGCAUUUCUCGCCCAAAGUGUUUCCUGCCGGAUGUCCUACUGCGAAUUCACCUGCCAGCGCCGUACUGGGCCCUUCUCGUGCCUCACCUGUAACACACGUAUCCCCUCUAACAAACGGAAUGAGCGGGAGGAGCAGUACCCCCCAGAACUCAGCACCAAGCUCACAAACCAUCACCAGUGUCCAGAACGGAUUUUCCUCUCGGUCAAGAAGUGCUACACCAACUGGCCUCCCUCACACCUCACACAUGUUUAGUAGCACGCCGUUAGUGAAUGGGACCACUGCAAGAAGUGUUACCCCUUUGUGCAGUAUUCACGGUUCCAAACUAGUCACAAACAGAACGCCAGUUGGGAUGUCCAGAAGUGUUACGUCCAGCCCAGCGUUCGACAGGAGUGUCCACAAUUCUGAUCGGUCCAUGGGGUCAACAGGGUCUCUAUCUGGAAGUAACGAACCUUCUUCUUCCUUCACCAAGUCUUCAAAUUCCAGUUAUGGACCUUCAGUUGGAUAUUCAACUCGCCUCACAACCCCAAGUCCAGCCUUCAACAGGAAUCCACUCCCUUAUUCUCCAGGAAGUGCAUUUAGAAGUGUGACUCCGUCACCGCCUAGAAGCACCGGUUUGGGUGCGUCGUCUACACCAGUGGGGCACAGACGGACAUUGUCGGCGGGGAGUGGAGAUGUGGCAGACCCCAAUCCGCGGGCAAGCUUCACGUCCAGCAACUGUAGCAGCCUAGAGGAGCUGACAGCAAGGAACGAUGAACUUGAGCACAAGAGGAAGCAGGCACAAGAAGCCAGAAUGCGGGAACAAGAGGCGGAGCGGCAGGAGCGAGCGAGGCUGGAGGAGAUCCUGAACAUGUGUGCCGAAUACGAACGACAGGUGCAGUGCGAGAGGCAGCAGAGCAAGCCGCCCCAGACGCCGACCCUGCAGCAGAACCGGAUAAAAACAAAUGGCUCCCUGCCUCGAGAUAAACGUCUGGUCUCACCGAGUGCAAGUACAGGAGCCUCAGAAGAUGAAGUUGGAGAGAUAUUUACGUUUGAGACAAGCAGUACCAGUGUUAUUGGGUCCUUUUCUUUGAACUGCUUCACAAUGCCAGCAAAUUCACCGCCAUCAUCUGCAAGUCAUCUUGGCAGCAACGAGGUGACAGUUCAUGACACUCUUACAACAAGCCCGCUGCCACCAAGUAUGAUUCGCAGUCCAUACGAGAAUGUGGUAAUAACAACUCCAGGCACCAUUGUGCACCCUCAAAGCCCCCGGACCAGGAUCCGUACUAUUGCUCCUUCAGCUAAAGACACAAGUGAGGUGAUAGAAAACCGAUUAGCUGUAACUGGUGACUACGAGUUUGUCGGCUCACUGCCUAGAAACAGAACAACUCAACAAACACCCAGUAGUCUGGUGAAGUCUCCCAACAAUGAUGUACUGUCAGCAGCUCUGAAUAAGAACGAACCAAGUGACAAAGGAAAAUUCAUCCUACCCCUUGCGAAUGGCAGUCCAGAAGAAUUCCUAAAUGGUAUGGUUAAUGCCAUGAUAAUAUCUAACAAGCAGGCUGUUUCAACCCCGUCCAAAGUGAAUGGUGAAGUGAAGGAUGUAGGGUCAGAUAGAGACAGGAAGGUUCUGAGUGAACUAAUUAAGAGAAAAGAGCAGGAAAAAGAAGAAAUCUUACCUUCAACUGAAACACUGUCAGAACUGAAAGCCAGCGCAUCACAGACAUUGACAAAGGCUGAAGGGGACCAGCAGCAAAGCAGGCUGAAGGGUUGUGGAGAUGUAGAGCAGCUGCGAAGGGAGAGAGGCAAACUAUUGGCAACAAUGUCAGGGUUGAAGAGGAAGGUGGCUGACAUUGAGCAGCAGGAAGAAGAGCUUCUUCGUGAGUUGGACAUGGAGCGAGCCCUUCUUGAGGGUGAAUGGCAAGCCCAAGGUGAAAAACUGUUGCAAGAAGAGGAAAGAUUAUCAGUAUUAAGGGAAAGGGUGGCAAGCCUGGAUGAGGAAAUGGAGCAGUGUCAUGCUAGAGAACUUCAGAGACAAGCUGAGGCCAAGUGGAGGCUUGAGGUCACAGAGAGAGAAAUACACAGCUUGGAGCAGGAAGCUUCUAAAUGUGCAGCAUCAGGAAACACCGAACGACAUAGAGAGCUCACAGAGAAACUGAAACAGCAACAUGAGAUUCUUGAAGCUGAGAGGAAGGCAUUUGAAGACUUGGAAUUCAGACAGUUAGAGGAGGAGGCAGGAUGGCUUGCAGGUCGUGAGGAGCUGCAACGGGAACUGGUAGACAUGGCAUCUAGAGUGGAGUCACGUGGCCUGCGAUUGAGGGAACUGGAACAGCAGAGGUCAGAGGCAGCACAGUCAGCACAGGAGGAGAGCUGUGCUAUGGAGAGACAGCUUCUCAACUACCUGCGUAGACUGGAAGAGGGUCGAAACAGACAAAGGGCCUUGGAAGCGCAGUUAGCAGAACUCACGUCAGGGCAGACAGGAGCAGUUUCAGGCCAGGAUUUCAGUAGUCCUGAAGGCUCUUCUGAUGCAGAAGAGUUGGCAGGAUCCCCACAGAACCAGCAACCCACUCCAGGUUCUGACAGGAAACAGUCUUCACAAGAUGAUCUGGACCGAAUAAGUCGAGUAACAUCAGGUGCACCUAUAGAGAUAGGCACUGGGUCACUGGGACGAAGAACAUUGGAGUCACUUCAGGAAAUUGAAAGAAAUCGUCAACUCCACCUUGCACAGCAAGGAAGCCAAGUAAUUGAGGAGGAGCGAAAACGAGUCCAGGAGUUGAAGCGCAGAGUGCAGAAUGAGGUACGUGCGCAGUGGGAGGAACGCAGACAACGAGAGGCUAAUUGCAACAGUCUCAAUAGUGUGGGCAGUGAGGAGUCCAGUCUCACAUCCAGUGAUGUACCGACUGAGAGUGCAUCUAGUGAUGAUGCGUUACUCAGUCCAACAAACACUGGUAAUCCUAAGUGUGCAGGCAGUGGCGGCACUGAUGAUAAGAAUGACACCGAGCCAAGCGAUGGCAAUACUACAGAACAACAUGAGAUGCGAGAGAAGGAGUUGGAACAGAACCAGGAGGACACAAGACCUCUGUCUGAUGGAUCAGCAUAUGAGGAACAGCUGUCUUCAGCUGUGCGCAAGAGAGACAAAGCUUCUCCACGGCCACAGCAACCACAUCAGCGACCUUUGACACGGUAUCUUCCAAUCAGAAGUGAGAGUUUGAAUCUUCGACACCAUAUAGAGUCAGCUGGUCACCAGAUAGAGCUGUGUCCACACGUGAGUUUAGACUCCACAUCAUGUCGAGGAUAUCUGCACAAGAUGGGCUCGAAGUUUCACCACUGGAACAAACGGUUGUUUGUGUUUGACAGAAUACGAAGAACCCUGACAUACUACAGUGACCGAGGUGAGAAGAAACCUCGUGGUGGAGCAUAUUUCCAGUCCAUUGAAGAAGUGUAUGUGGACCACCUGAACUCUGUGAAAUCUCCAAGUCCUCAGUUAACAUUUGUAGUGAAGACAAAUGAGAGGGCAUACCAUCUGAUGGCUCCGAGUGCAGAAGCCAUGAGAAUCUGGGUGGAUGUAAUUUUCACUGGUGCUGAAGGAUAUCAGGAGUUUGAACAUGGUUCAUAGACUUGGUGAAACUGGAGUUUGGAAUUUCAAAAUUCACAAGCACUGGAUUAAAUGAGUAAUUGUGGCCAGCAGUCAGCCUUUUCAGUGAAGAAUAAAUCAAGAUCAUGUCGUCGAGGGUUUGAGAUGAUUAUUAUGCAAUGACAGUGUAUGCAAGUUAUGCAGAUAUUUUGAGAGUUAUAAUCCUGAGCAUUCGGAAUAAAGUUCAAAAUUUAACUUCAUCCCCAUGCUAUUGAAUGUAAAGUGUUCUGGUCAAGUCAUAUGUGACCUGACUUUUUCGUCCAUUUUCUUCUGAACAGGAUCUUUGGUAAUGAAAGUGAUGUGGUAAGAGAUGAAUGUUAUUUGCUUUCGGACCAGUAAAUUUGAUCUGCUAGUGCUCAAAGUGUAAUUGACCAUCAUGAUACCAAUUGGCGAU